GACCCCGGAAAUACACACCGUGAUCAGCUUACUGCUUGUUUAUCGGACAGAAACAAAUUUAUAUCCGUGGUGUUUUCUUUCUUUUUUUGUUUCCUCGACUGAGCGUGUAAAUAUGUCGGAGCUUGAGGUUGAAGCGCAUCGGGAGCCGAGAGACAGCAGCAAGAAGAAGAAAAAGAAAAAGAAAGAGAAGCGAAGGGUAAGUGAGGAGGAGGAGGAGAAGGGGGAGGAAGAGCGGGAAGAGGAGCAGGUGGAGAAAGAAGAAGAGAAGAGUGAGAGUGUGUUGAUGCGAGGGAUCUUCAAAGUGGGGAAAAAGAGCCAUGAUGUCCUGCUCACACGAACCAGGCUGACAUGGACCCCCAUCAUACCAGAGAGUCCCACAGGGGAAGGGAGCGUGGUGGAGGCAGGUGUGGUGCUGCUGCAGGACGUUUUCGCCGUGAAGGUGAAGAGGAGGCGAAUGGCGGGCCAGCAGUCGGGGGGAGCCGUGCUCGGCCUCGCUCUCUUCCACAGCAGGAGGAGAGGACGGAGGCUGGAGGAGGACACACUGCACCUCCACAACGCCUCCGCAGAACACACACACUCCUGGUAUAACACUCUGAAAGAACUGCUCACAGGGUUCAGCUGCCGGCCCAGGUAUGUGAAGGUGUUUAUCAACCCAAGCAGCCACAAGAAGGAGGCCGUUCACAUCUACAGAGACCAUGUGGCUCCUCUUUUUAAGAUGGCGGACAUCCUCACUGACAUCACAGUAACUGAUAGGAAAGGUCAUGCUCUCUCAGUGAUGAAGGAAUGCAAACUGGAUGAAUACGAUGGGGUGGUGUGUGUCGGCGGCGACGGAUCAGUGGCGGAGCUGUGCCAUGCUUUGGUUCUCCGAGCUCAGCUAGAUGCAGAUUCUCCAGAAAACCCAGUAAGAGCAACUCUGCCGCUGGGAAUUAUUCCUGCCGCAGGUUCUACAGAUGUGGUUUCCUGUUCAGUCCAUGGAGUCAGAGAUCCAGUCACAGCAGCUCUCCACGUUGUUUUAGGUCACCUGCAGCAGGUGGACAUGUGCAGCUUCUUGUCCAACGGUCAGCUGAUGCGUUUCGGAUUCUCUGCCAUGUUUGGUUUUGGCGGCCGGAGCUUAGCGAGGGCAGAAAAGAAGAGGUGGAUGCCAUCGUCACGGCGACGAGAAUAUGCUGUGGUGAAGACCUUGGCCAGGCUUAGGCCAGAGGACUGCCAGCUGUCAUUUUUACCUGCAAAAGGCUCAGGAAGCGGUUUGUUUGGACAACAAGACCAGGGCGAAGAUACAGAACUGGACACAGAGUCAGCAGGGGAGUCUUGGGUGACCAAUCAGGGUUUGUACCUCAGCCUCAGCAUCAUGUCUAUCCCCUGUCUGAGCCCACAUGCGCCUCAGGGAUUGGCUCCAAACACCAGUUUAGACAAUGGCAGCGCCUCACUGAUCGCAGUAGGUAAUGCUUCCAGGUCAGAGUUCAUCAAGCACCUCAAGAGGUACAGCAGCUCUAGCGGACAGUUUAGCUUCCCCUUCGUGGAGACACACUCCGUGUCGGCGGUGAAGAUUCGACCCCGAUCACGGAUUGGCUGGUCUGAGGAGGAGAGCGAAGACGAGGGAGACUCUAAAAAUACACCCAUCAUCCAAUCAGAGGGAGCCGCUCUACCCUGGAACAUCGAUGGAGAGCUGGUGGAGAUCGCCAAUGAAGUGCUCAUCAGGGUCCAUCCGAGACUCAUCACUCUGUAUGGGGAGGAGGUACCUGAGGCAGAGUUGACCGUCACCUGCAGCUGCAUCUGAGAGCGACAGGAAGAGCUACUCCGUAUCUUGGCCCAACUUCUGUCACCAUGGUAACCAGUCCCACAGAUGCUCCCUAGAUAUUGGUUUUUACUGUCAAUGUUACUGUGAUUUAAAGUGAAAAAGAAAUGGUUUGUCAGCUAAUUGUCUGACUAAGAGACUUACAGAAAUAGUCCCAUAUCAUCAUACAUCCUCCACCGUACCUAAAAGUGGGCAUUUACAGCAGCAGCUUAUCUCCGUAGUUAAUACGUGACUUAUUAUAAAAGUGGCUAAUAACCAUUAUUUUGCAUUCAAAUUAAUGUUUACAGGUCUCAUUUGUUUUAUCAACUCCA